AUGUUUGGAAUCAGUAAUAUAAAACAACAGUAUGGAGUUGUAGAGAGUGUUGAGUUUCCUACUGGUGGUCACAAACCACAUUCUUUAAAAACACCAUUAUCGAUUGUUGAAUUGCAAGCUAUGAAAUCAAGAUUAUUUCUAAAUUAUCAUCAAGUAAAUCAAGAAUGGAGUUUACACCAUUAUAAAGCAUUUCACUGGCAACGCUGUUCUUAA